CGGGCGAUUCAGUCUGAGAGAAUUGAUCGUGCAUGAACGACGCACCUGUGUCCGUCCGUGUUCGAAGCGAACGUUCUGCGCAAGUCCCGGGAAGUGCUAAUUUUGAGUGAUCCUUUUUCGAGGUGAUGUGAAGCCCUGCUUGUUUCGUGACCCUUUAUGCGCGAUUGGAGGGCAGGAAUAUUGUUUUCUAGUGCCGGAGAGAUGUGAUGUUUGCGCGGAGAUUUCGGGAGCGAUGCGAUUUCGCUUAAAGUGUCUUUGAAGAGUGAUUGAGUACACCUACCGAAAGGGGGAUGGAACAAGUGGUUGUGAACCGAUCCACGGUUGGUGGGAAAGUCAAGAUGGAGGCUGCUGUUGUUGCCGUUUAAGUUGUUUUUGCGAAAAAAAAAAGUUUAUCGGAGAUUAUGUCGAUUGAAGAUUGGUAGUGGCGGCGCUUGUAUCGAGGUUAAGGAAGCUCGCAAGGAGCGCAGAAGAGCACGCACGUUGAACCAGUGCAUUUGCGGUUUGUGCGGUGCAAAAAAAAAAACAACAAAGAAAAAGAGUAUUUUUUUUAAGUAUCCUCCAAAAGUGACCGAAAAACGCCAGAGCUUAACCGCAAUAAAAUUUUAUCGAAUUUUGUGGUCAUCGCUCCAAGCAGAGCAAAGCUGCUAAAAUGUGCUGCCCGGCGGAGUGUGGUUAAUCGAGUUGGAAAGGAUUAAAGGUUAAAUGGGACCCGGCGCAAACUGGUGAUUGUGAAAUACACUCGUAAAAAGCGCGUCAAUUCGCUGGGAAAACGACGCAGUGCAGUGAUAAAUUUAAAACAAAUAAGCAUAAAACAGAAAAAGUCCGCGUCGUGAAGUUGCGCGAAUGAGCGAAUAAAAAAAAAAGAAAUGAAAUCAGGCACGAGGUGAUACCGAAAACCGGCGCAUAAAAUAAAGGAUCAGUCGGCUGGAAAUUGAAAUUAAAUCAUCCCCAAUUUGGAUUACAAUUAUUGGAUUACGUGCCAAAACGGGAGGUAAUCGGUGGAAGGUGUUGUUUUAGCUGUUUAGCAGAGUGUGUGGUGUGUCGCAGCCCCAGCCACCGUCCCGAGGAGUGUUGUUUGCUAAAGUAAUUGAGCUGCACCGCGCUCACCGGUGUGGCCCGCGCGUGUAUGUGUGUGCCUCUGCAAGCCAUAUUUGGACUAAAUGCAGCACGGUGACACAGCUCAGUGACAGCAGACGUGAUUGCAGGGACAGACUGCGAACGACGGAGAUAUUUAAGUCUGAGAGACAAGUCAGGCUGCAGCGGAUAGAGAAAGAAUGCCUACCGAAGGUGUGCUGGACGAUCAUGGGAUCGCAACAAUGUCACGUCCGUCACGGAUCGACCAGUUCCUAGCCGGUAUGGGCGGUGGUGGCGGCGGUAAUGGCGGAAAUCCACCGUCGUCUCCCACGAUGCGUGGAUCGUCCGGUGGAUCUGCAUCGGCCAGUGGUGGCAGUCAAUCGGCGUCCUCCUCCCGAUCCAGCUUCGACGGACAGUUGGGAGGCUUUCCACCACACAUGAUGAACCCUGCCAAUCAACACCACGGACGGGAAAGUUCAGCGUUUGUACCCGUUUUGCCAUCCCGAUCGAUGAGGCCUGGACUCUAUCCGGGGAUGCUAGAUGGACCGGAUGGAAUGCCUAAGGAUGGUGUGCCCAAGCGUGGAUCCAGUUAUGAGCUGAUGGCCAUGAUGGCGGACAAACGGAAAGAACUGGCGCUGAGAGAAGCGGCUGCUGCAAUGCUACUGCCAAGACCUGGAGGACCUCAGGUUCAAUCUCCUGGAGGAAUGUACCCACCACCGGGAGCGUUCCUGGGUGGACCUGGCCCAUCGCCUACUUCAGCGGGAACGUUCACUUUUCCGCCUGCUGGAGUGGGGUUGUACGGACCGGGAGUUCCACCGGGAAUGCACCCUGGACUGGAUCGAAGACUGCUGCGAGCCCCCGGACGGGCAUCGCGCCCCAAGAAGCAAUUCAUCUGCAAGUUCUGCAACCGACAGUUCACCAAGUCCUACAAUCUACUGAUCCACGAGCGUACGCACACCGACGAACGGCCGUACUCGUGUGAUAUCUGUGGGAAAGCCUUCAGGCGGCAGGACCAUCUACGAGACCACAGAUACAUUCACUCCAAGGAAAAGCCAUUCAAAUGUACCGAGUGUGGAAAGGGUUUCUGCCAGUCGCGAACGCUGGCUGUGCACAAGAUACUGCACAUGGAGGAAUCGCCGCACAAGUGUCCGGUGUGCAAUCGAAGCUUCAAUCAGCGUUCGAACCUGAAAACACAUCUGCUAACUCAUACGGACCACAAACCGUACGAGUGCAACUCCUGUGGAAAGGUAUUCCGAAGAAACUGCGACCUGAGGCGUCAUGCACUUACGCAUACGGUCGGCGAUGUACCGUCGGAGUCGCUGGACGUUGGAGACGACGACAACAAUCUCAGCGGCGACGAAGACGAAUCGGUGCUGGAGGUAGACUCACCGGUUCAUUCCCCUGCCGGACGGACUAGAUCGCCGUCUCCUCCGCUGGAUAUGCCAGUUUCUGCCGAACUGGACGACGAUGACUAUCGUCAAGAGAACGAGGAGGAAAAUGACGAAGAUGAAACGAUCAGCGUUGCAGGUCAUGAACCUGAUCCAACACCAGUAGUCCAGUGCCAUCACGAGAGACCUAUGGGGUCCAGAAGUCCGUACACAAUGCGUCCUCAGUAUGACUACGGAAGCAGGUCUUCCUGCUCAUCCCAAUCUUCCCAACACUCCCAGGCUCUUCAGAGCCCCAACGGUGAAGAUCUGACAACCAGUGGACCCGGACCUAUCCCUCAGCAGCAUCCGCUUGACAUGUUCAUCCCAAUGCUUCACGUCCGCAGAGAUCUCCACCAAAAGGUGGGGUUGAUUGGACGAGCAUCAGCAACGAUUACCAGUGGUCUCAUGGAAUCGGGUGGACAAUUUUUCGGACACAAUCCUCUGCGGAAACGAGCCAUGGGUCCCGAUGGAGAGCCCUAUCCCAUCAUGGGACGUCCACUCUUGUCUUCCCAUCUUCCACCUGCCAUGAUCAAUCAAAGACCUUUGAUGAAGCCCUCCGAUGACCCUCAUAAACCUCCUUCCCACCCAUCCGACUCACCACACGAGCCUGUUCCAAUGAUUUCACCAUCCGUACCUUCCUCCCCGUCCCUCCUGUCUCCACAUGUCAACUCACCUACCCACCCCUUACAACUCCCACUGCCCCCUCCAUCGCAACAUCCGAUGAAUCUCGUCAACCUUUCGAAUCUCCCGCCUCCCAGAGCGCAAUCCCCUCCGAAUCCAGCCACCUCCUCACCACUGCCAUCCAGUUCCAAUCAACCACCGCCAGCCUCUGUCCGACAAUCACAACAGUCUCCAGCUGCCCCUCCCCAAACACCACUGGGUCAGCAACCACCGCAACCACGCAAGACCGGCUUCAGCAUAGAGGAUAUCAUGCGCCGCUAGGAAGGGAGAAAAAAUGCUACCAACAGCGAUCCGAUCAAUCAAUCAAUCUACACGGUUAAUUAAUGCUAAUGAAUUCUACAAAUGUACAAAACAAAAAACAAAAACAAUGACGAUAACGGCGUUAGGACGAAAGUUGGAUAGAAGGCAGGGAAGGUAAACCGAGCGAGAGUGUCCUUCCUUUCUUUCAGCUUGUUUUACCUCCCGAUUGGGGAAGACGCUCUGGCUGAGGGGGUGAAAAACGAGACUAAUCAAGGCUCUAGUUUGCGCUCACAUUAUUGAUGGCUUCCGUCACGGCGCGCUUCCUUCGGCGGCGGGUGGGAGGUGGUUUGUGCGGUUUCCCUGGAGGGAAUGCGAAAAGACAAAAAAAAAACGCUGCACCAGUGCUGAUUGGUACCGGUCUGUGAUACGGUAGUUAGUGGUUCGAUAGUAAUUAAGAUGAGUGGUUUUCGCUCGGUUGACAGGAGGCUAGAACUUGGCAGUAGAAGAAGAAGUUUUCAACAUUGGGCUUGCGAACUCCGAACUUAAUGAAAAGCACAUAGGGGAAUUUAC